GGCGACGUCAACGAGGACGGCGCCUUCGACGUCCUCGCCGUGAGCUGGGGCGACAACACGACGCGGCUCUUCGUCAACGACGGCGCCAUGUCGUUCUUCGAGGUCCAGCUCGACUCGGAGGAGGCGCCGACGGACGUCGUCGUCUUCGACUUCGACGGCGACGGCGACACGGACGUCUUGGCGGCGUCGUGGUACAAGGGUACGAUCUUCUGGUUCGAAGGACACGGCGAGCUGGCCACGUACUACGCCAAGGCCUACAUCGCCGAGGGGCUCGCCGGCCCCUGGAACGUCUUCCCCGCGGACAUCGACUCCGACGCGGACCUCGACGUCCUCGCGGCGACGGGCUACGACUUCGCGGUGACGUGGUACGAGAACGACGGGAACAUGACCUUCGCCGUGCGCAAGUCCUACGUCGCCACGGGCCUCGCGGGCCCCUGGAGCGUCUUCCCGGCGGACAUCGACGGCGACGCCGACCUCGACGUGCUCGUGGCGACGGGCUACGACUACGCCGUGACGUGGUACGAGAACGACGGCGACAUGAACUUCUCGCCGCGAGUCGUCGACACGGAGCUCAUCCAGCCGCGCGAGGUCGUCGCGCGCGACGCGGACGGCGACGGCGACGUCGACCUCUUCGUCGCCGUCCGCGGCGCGUCGCAGCUCGUCUGGUACGACAACGACGGGCGCUGCGACUUCGACAAGUACGUCAUCUCCGACGAGGCCGACGGCGCGUACACGGUCUUCGCGACGGACCUCGACGGCGACGGCGACAUCGACGUCAUCGGCGCGAACAAGGACGGCGGCGAGAUCCCCUGGUACGAGAACGACGGCGCCAUGGGCUUCGACGAGCACAUGGUGUCGACGACGGCCGACGGCGUCCGCUACGUCGUCGCGUCGGACAUGGACGGCGACGCGGACCUCGACGUCCUCGCGGCC